CGAGUCGACGACGCUGCCUGCUGCCGGGGAAACCGAGUGGUGGGUACGCGAAUUGUGCCGGUGGACUGAGAAACUCCCGCCAUUUCGGCAAGGAAUUAACCUUUUGAUUGCACCGGGUAGCUUUCACCAACUGCAUACCUCGUGGGUUGUCACAGCGAGAGAUAACAGUUUCCAUGUAACUUCACGUUUUAAUUGAUCGCGCAGGAACAGACGCACUUUUGCAGCACUUGGAUAACACGGCGCGCCAGACCUCUCGGUGAGAAGCCACUGUUGCCGCUAGUUUGAUUUUUGUUCGCGUGUUUUCAGUUUCCUUUGCGGAUGCUCAAAGUUUCCAGGCUGUUUGUGAAAUCAAGCCGGGCAUAAUCUCACUAACAGACUGUGCGUAAUCAACUUGUCGUCACUCCAAAAGGACAGGAGGAUGCGAUGAAGCAGGUGGUGAGAAUAGCUCUGUUAUUGUUUUGCAACGAGAUAGCAACCCAGCCUGCUAGCCGACGAGCUAACUAGCGGCUACACGUUGAGCCUGCCACCGGUAACGUGAGCCGUGUUAUCACCUGACGUCUGUAGACUGUACUUUUGGAUAAAUGUUUGGACAGUCUAGCCACACCUUACUGAAUUAGGUUGUUACAUAUAUUGACUUGGACGUUGGUCGCCGUGUCAUCUUUGGAGAUACGAUGGCACCGCUAUUGGGCCGGAAACCUUACCCGCUAGUGAAACCGCUAGCAGAGCCACCAGGCCCGGGAGAAGAGGUCUACAUCAUCGAGCACAGCAAGGAGGCCUUCAGGAACAAAGAGGAAUAUGAAGCACGUCUAGAGCGAUAUAAUGAGCGCAUCUGGACUUGCAAAAGCACGGGAAGCUCCCAGUUAACACACAAAGAAGCAUGGGAGGAGGAGCAGGAGGUCACUGAACUGUUGCAGGAAGAAUAUCCCAGUUGGUUUGAGAAACCAAUCUUGGAGAUGGUCCACCACAACACUGUCUCUUUGGACAAGCUGGUUGAAAUGGCAUGGAUGGAAAUUCUGACCAAGUAUGCUGUUGGUGAAGAGUGUGACUUCCUGGUGGGAAAAGACAAAAAUUUGAGAGUGAACAUAAUAAAGAUUCACCCUUUAGAGAAUCCAGAAGGGGAAAUGGGUGAUAAAAAGCUUGAGGGUGCCUGUGACUCUCCAUCAAGUGACAAGGAGAAUGCCAGUCAGGAGAAUCAGAGGAAAGAGCCUCCUUCACGAGAAGAGGAGAUUCGGAGAGAGAGCUUGAGUGAUAGGGCUCGCCGGUCACCAAGAAAAGUUCAAACUGCAGUCAAAGAAGAAAGGAAGAGAUGGGUAAUGCCCAAAUUUCUUCCUCACAAAUAUGACGUGAAGUUAAUCAACGAGGACAAGGUGAUCAGUGAUGUUCCAGCUGACAGUCUUUUUAGAACCGAGCGCCCACCAACCAAAGAGAUAAUCCGCUAUUUCAUCAGGCACCAUUCUCUGAGGUUGGGCACAAGUGACAGCGCCCCUUGGGUUGUUGAGGAUGAAAUGGUGAAAAAGUUUAACCUCCCAAGUAAAUUCAGUGAUUUUCUUCUUGAUCCACAAAAGUUCUUAGCAGAGAAUUCAUCAGCAAAGAGAAAAAGCUUGUCAUCUGCCGAAGGAAAGCCAAGCAAAAAGUUGAAGACACCCACUACACCAGGAGACGAUUCAGCAAAUGAGAAGAAAAAGAAAAAAACGCCUCUCAGCCCCACAAUUUUAGGCCAUAUGCAGAAAAUAAAAAUGAAUGGCUCUCCACUUAAGGUUAAAAACUCAGGUACUCCUAAAAAAGAAGGAAAAGGCUCAACUUCGUCUACUCCAAAAUCAGGGAAAAAAACUGAAAAGAAAGAUGGAAAGAAAUCUGGAAAAAAUGUCCUUAAGGUCUCCAAGAAGGAUGGUAAAGCAGGACCAAAAACAUCAAAGAUGAAGCAGAUGACACUGCUGCAUCUUGCCAAAAGCACACCUGCUGGAAGUCCAAAGAAAAGACCACGAAGCUCUGUCACUGCGAGUCCCAAACUUGGCAGGCCCUUACACCCUGUGGCUCUCCGUCUCGUGAGGUACUAUAAGGAACACAAGGGUAAAGAGGACAAAAAACACUUCCUUUCUACACUCAUUAGUAUGGCUGCCAAAACAUUGUCUGAAGAAGAACGCAAUCGUCUGCCCGAGGAGCUUAAAGCUUUGGUGCAGAAACGCUGGGAUCUGUUGGAGCAAAAGAGACGUUGGGCUGCCAUGACCGAUGAGGAGAAGAAGGAAGAAUUGAAGAGGAGACGACAAGAACUUAAUGAAAAGAUGCGAGAGAAGGCCAAGGAGAGGCGUGAGAAAGAGUCCCGUAGAUUCGAGGACCAGGAGAUCACUGAUGGCAAAGCGCUCCCUGUAUUUAAACUUGUAGACAUGCCAGAAGGAUUACCAAAUGCUCUCUUUGGUCAGAUUGCAAUGGUGGUGGACUUUCUCAGUUGUUACGCAGGGCUUCUAAUGCCGGACGACCAGUAUCCCAUAACCUCUGUAGCCCUGAUGGAAGCUCUGGCAGGGGACACUUCAGGAUUUCUUUACCUGAAUCGUGUGCUGGUGGUUCUUCUGCAGACUCUUCUUCAGGACGAACUGGCAGAAGGCUACAGUGAGCUGGACAUGCCCUUGUCAGAAAUCCCCCUCACCAUGCACUCGGCAUCAGAAUUGGCCCGGCUGUGCCUGCGACCGUCUGAUACUCAUGGAGAAGAGAGCAACCAGGGUUCUGAUGAUUCUGCCACUAUGUCAGGCUUCGAUGAUGUGGUGAGCAGUGAGUUUUUAGAAAAGCUUGAGACAGUAGAAGUGUUUGAACUCAGCCCAGAGGAGAAAGUCAACCUCCUUGUAGGGCUGUGUCAUCGCAUCCUUAUGACCUACUCAGUAGAGGACCAUGUAGACUCAAUGCAACAACGAGCGGCAGAAUUGUGGAAGGAACGCCUGGCCAUGCUCAAACAGGCCAAUGAUCAAAAGAAAGCUGAGAAACAAAAGCGCAAGGAGUUGGAUGAUAAAGGUAAAGAAGAUGGAGGGACGGGAAAAACAGAUAAGAAAAAAGAAGGUGCUAGCAAGACUGAUCGCAAAAGUGAUGUAAAAGUGGAGCCCCAACCAGAGGAUCUGAUCAGUUUAGUGAAGAGCAGACGGCUGAUGGCUGCACAGGCCAAGAAGGAAAAAGAAGAAAUGGAUCGUCAGAAUAAAGAGCGAAUGGAGAAGGAAGCAGAAGAGGAACGGGUGCGCAAACAAAGGGCUGCAUUGGAGAAGGCCUUCCAAGAAGGCAUUACCAAAGCCAAACUUGUAUUGCGUAGAGCACCUCUUGGUACAGACAGAAAUCACAACAGAUACUGGCUGUUCUCUGAUGUAGUACCUGGUCUGUACAUUGAAAAGGGUUGGGUGAACGACAGCAUUGACUACAACUUCACACCUCCACCUGAAGAAAAAACCCCAGCAGAGUCUGAAACGGAAGGCAAGGACGAUACUGGCUCUGAUCAACCCAAGGAUUCACAAGCAGAUGAAAAGGAUGAUAGCAGCAUAGAUGGUGCUGUUACUGAAACUGGCCUGCAGGGGGCAGCACCUGUUGCAGAAGUCUGUUUGGAAACAACCUUUCCAAAGCAAGGGCAAAACCUAUGGUUUAUAUGUGACAGCCCUGCUGAACUUGAAGAGCUGAUGGACUGUCUUCAUCCUCAAGGUGUAAGGGAGAGUGCACUGAAAGCAAAAAUUCAAAAGAGUUACCAGGAUAUCCUCCACUCCAUCUAUCUGACACGCAAAGGAAAGACUGGCCUCCGGACCUGUGAUGGCCAUGAAGAGCUGCUCAAGUACCUGCGCAGUGACAUCCUGGAGGUAGCCUCACGACUUCAGAAGGGAGGCCUUGGAUACAUGGAAGAUAAUGUUGAUAUUGAAGAACAGUUGGAAAAGAUUGAACACCUCAAAGACUUUGGAGAGCUGAUCAUUACUAUUCAGUCAUGUGUCAUCAAGAAGUUCCUCCAGGGUUUCAUGGCCCCCAAACAGAAAAAGAAGAAAAAGCAAGAUACUGAAGAAAACAGUAGCAAGGUAGAAGAAGUAAAUGAAGAGAAGAAACUGGCUGAGGAGGCGAGGGUGGCUUCUGCGGUUGAAAAAUGGAAAACUGCCAUCCGAGAGGCUCAGACCUUCUCCAGGAUGCACGUGCUGCUGGGAAUGUUGGAUUCUUGUAUCAAGUGGGACAUGUCCGCUGAGAAUGCUCGCUGCAAAGUCUGCCGCAGGAAAGGUGAUGAUGAGAAACUCAUUCUCUGUGAUGAGUGCAACAAGGCCUUCCAUCUGUUCUGCUUGCGGCCAGCAUUGUAUCGUAUUCCUGUUGGGGAGUGGCUGUGCCCGGCUUGCCAACCCACAGUAGCUCCCAGACGUGGCUCCCGCUCGAGAAACUAUAAUGAAGAUGGGGAGGACGAUGAAGACGAGGAAGAUUCUGAAGAGGAGGACUCUGAGGAGGAAGAGGAUGAUGAGGAGAAUGAUUACAAGGCCAUGGGCCACAGCUUGCGACCAAGGAAGAAAACUAAACAGUCGUCAUCUCGAUCUAAAAGUUCAAAAAGUAAGCCUAAGAAGUCGAGUAGUGCCAAGAAAAAAUCCGGUCCCUCCAGUCCUGCAGAUAUUGAUGAACUGGUUCGCCAAAGUUCCCAGACUGGAGCUCGUAGGCAACGCCUGGAGUUGGAGAAAUGUGAGGAAAUCCUCAAGAAGCUAUCAAAGUUCCGUUACAGCUGGCCUUUCAGGGAGCCUGUGUCGGCAGAAGAGGCUGAGGACUACCUGGAUAUCAUUUCCCAGCCCAUGGAUUUCCAGACCAUGUUAGGAAAGUUCAGUGAUGGUGCAUACCGCAACACACAGGAGUUUGUGGAGGACGUGAAACUGGUGUUCUCCAAUGCUGAGGAGUACAAUCAACAGGGCAGCACUGUGCUUUGCUGCCUGACCAAAACGGAGCAGGCCUUCACUGAGCUCCUCCAGAAGCUGCUGCCUGGUGUCAACUACCUCCGCAGGCGCUCUCGCAAACGGGUCACCAAAGCUCCAGAGACAUCUGAUGAGGAGGAAGAGGAGGAGGAAGAGGAGGCAGAGGAGGAAGAAGAAGAAGAAGAGGAGGAAGAAGACGAAGAGGAAGAAGAACCCCCAAGAAGGAAAAUGCAAAAUGGAAAGGCCAAUGGCAAGAGUAGCCGGGGAGGGAAGAGUAGCCGGGGCAGGAAGCGUGAGGAGUCUGAAAGUGAGGAGGAAGAGGAGGAGGAGGAUGACGAUGAUGACACUAGUAAGAGGAGGAGUGCACGGAACUCUGGGAAGAAGCGGUACAAAGAGCAGGACAGUGAUGAAGAGCGGGACUCCCGUAGAACUCGUAAAAGAGCAACUCGUGGAGAUGCCAGCAGUGAUGAGGAGCGGCCCAACCAGCGACAUUCCAAGAGGCUCAGGCGCUAAAUUUCAGGGUGAUGUUUUUGUUUUCUUGCUUUAAAACUAGUGUCCAGCUCUUGUUCAAAACUAAGAGGAGCUCUCCAGUCCUCCCUGUCACACCAGCAGGACUAAUUGUGUUCUUGAAUUUGUGUUCAUAUUUUGAGAUAAAAGAAAAAUUUAUAUUUGUAACAUGUUUUAAUAUCAGUGGAUUUUUUUUUUUUUUUUUCAACAAAACUUUUAAGAUAAUGUCCUCAGAGCUCUUAGACACUUUGAUAUGGAUCCAUGAUCCAGUUGGAAGACUCCUUUAAGUAUUUGACCUUUAUUUGGAAACAUGUAAAAUGUAGGGGGACGUGUUAACAUUCUGAUACACCAGUCCAGCCAUUAUACCUUAUUGGCAGCCAGGUAGCCCAAACAGUAAAACCUCCAUCAACUACAGCUCUUUCCAUUUGUAUGUCACCACAAAGUACUUAAAUGUCACUGUUCGUCCUGUGAAGCCACUUUAGUCCCAUUAUUAUCCCUGUAGAUUCAAGUAGAUUUGUUGUGCUCUACUUUUGCACUCAAAUUUUAAAUCCAAACUUGAACUUUUAUACAUUCACAAAUUGGGAAGUUUUGUCAGGGCUUGUUGGUGUCAUAUUACUGUGUUGUAUAUGUUAAGUUUGAGACAACUCUACAUGGAAAUGGCCAGCCUCUGCUCUGUAGUGCUAGGUCACUACAAACCUGUACCUCAAAGCACUAUUUUUGUCUUCAGUGCAUUUACAGUAUAUUGUGCCAGCAGCUGCAACAAUUAUGUGCAACAUCUGUAAACAGUGUUUAAACACAUUUGGUUUGUUAAAAUGGGCAUUUUUCAUAUUUUUAUGGAACCUAUUGUAAAAUAAAUCACAUCUUGAUCACAUUUUAAACAAUGCCAGAUUUCAGCAGGGCAUGUAAGAAAACUGAGAACGUUGCACAUAUGAGUUACCAUGUUAGUUCCACAUAUAAUACGCUGACCUUAAGGAUGCAGUGGACAUCUACAGAGAUGCCACUAGGUGGUGCUCUGGCUCAACACCGAACAGAUGUCUGUAGGUACCCAUGUCAAUACUGGGACUGACGGAACAUCCAAUUGUACUUCAGCACUUUAGUCAGAGCUGAUUUUAAGUCCAGUGAUGUUAUAAAUCUGCACUAUACUCUAGUAGCUCUCUGAAGAGGUCCCUUUGCCCUGUGUCAGUGUGAAUUUAGUUUUGUUUUCAGAUUUCAAUAUUGAUCAUUUAUCACUGCUGAGAACAGGUUAAUAUAACUGCCCCUCUCAAACGUGAGGCCUGUCUGUAAAUGCUUUCUUUAUUAGUGAAGGAGCUACAAAAGUCUUUUACACCUCCUUUUAUAUAUAUUUAUAGUCUCUCAAAUAGGGGUUGGGCUGGGUCAAAUGUUCAGAAAUACACAAUAAACCUAUGGAUGAACAAUUGUUCUCCUUGGUUAUUCUGUGUCAAGCUGAUGUCACUGCCAUCUGAAAAACUUUGGACAGAUCCAACUGAUGUCUUUUACUUUGUAAUAAAAUAUCAGUGCUUUUA